CGCAGAGCCGCGCUGGAGACCGGCGGGGCGCGACCGGCCCCACGCUGCCCACCCCGGCCCCACGCCGCCCACCGACGGCCACCCCCCGGCCCACGCCGCCCACCCGCUCUCGGCCUCCCGCCACUCCGGGGUUCUGGUUUUGUGUUGGGUUUUUUUUUUUUUUUUUUUUGGUCUUUUUUUGUUUUGUUUGUUGUUGUUCCUUCCCGUCCUUUCUCUCCAGCAACUUGCAAAAGUUUCUUCCCGCCCCCCCCGCUCUCUUUUUUUUUUUUUUUUUUAUUUUUGGUGAAUUACAGGGGUAGGGAAAAAUAAUAAUAAUAAAAACUUUUGCAAACUUUUUCCAGCUUUCUCCCUUCUCUCCCCAGCCGGGCUUCGAGCUGGUGGAGACUUCGUCUCGUUUUACUUUUUUUAACCCUUCCCUGCCCCUUAGCCACCUGAUUUUAUUUUUUUUGUUUUUUUUUUAAUUUUUCACCCCCUGCUCCCCCCUCUGCCACUUACUCGCAUGAAUCUCCUAGACCCCUUCAUGAAAAUGACAGAAGAACAGGACAAAUGUAUCUCCGACGCCCCCAGCCCCACCAUGUCGGAUGACUCUGCCGGGUCCCCCUGUCCCUCUGGAUCCGGCUCGGACACGGAAAACACCAGACCCCAAGAAAACACCUUUCCCAAGGGUGACCCGGACCUGAAGAAGGAGAGCGACGAGGACAAAUUCCCGGUGUGCAUCCGAGAGGCCGUGAGCCAAGUGCUCAAGGGUUACGACUGGACCCUGGUCCCCAUGCCGGUCCGGGUGAACGGAUCCAGCAAAAACAAACCCCAUGUGAAAAGACCCAUGAACGCCUUCAUGGUGUGGGCACAGGCGGCCCGGAGGAAACUGGCUGACCAGUACCCGCAUCUGCACAACGCGGAGCUCAGCAAAACCCUGGGCAAACUCUGGAGGCUGCUGAACGAGAGCGAGAAGCGUCCCUUCGUGGAGGAGGCCGAGCGGCUGCGGGUGCAGCACAAGAAGGACCAUCCCGACUACAAGUACCAGCCGCGGCGGAGAAAGUCGGUGAAGAACGGGCAGUCGGAGCAGGAGGAAGGCUCCGAGCAAACCCACAUCUCCCCCAACGCCAUCUUCAAGGCGCUGCAGGCGGACUCCCCGCAGUCGUCCUCCAGCAUCAGUGAGGUGCACUCCCCCGGGGAGCACUCGGGGCAAUCGCAGGGCCCCCCCACGCCCCCCACCACCCCCAAGACGGACGCGCAGCCGGGCAAGCAGGACCUGAAGCGGGAGGGCCGCCCUCUGCAAGAAGGCGGCCGGCAGCCGCCCCACAUCGACUUCCGAGACGUGGACAUCGGCGAGCUCAGCAGCGACGUCAUCUCCAACAUCGAGACCUUCGACGUCAACGAGUUCGAUCAGUACCUUCCCCCCAACGGUCACCCGGGGGGUCCGGCCACCCACGGGCAGCCCGGUCAGGUCACUUACACCGGUAGCUACGGUAUCAGCAGCACGUCGGGGUCGCAGAGCGGGGGGGCUGCCCACGUCUGGAUGUCGAAGCCACCGGCGCAGCCACCGGCGCAGGCGCCGCCGGCGCAGGCGCCGCAGCACGGGCUGCCGGCGCUGAGCGGGGAGCAGGGCCAGGCGCAGCAGAGGACGCACAUCAAGACGGAGCAGCUCAGCCCCAGCCACUACAGCGAGCAGCAGCAGCACUCCCCGCAGCAGAUCAACUACAGCUCCUUCAACCUCCAGCACUACGGCUCCUCCUACCCCACCAUCACCCGCUCCCAGUACGACUACACCGACCACCAGAACUCCAGCUCCUACUACAGCCACGCCGCCGGGCAGAGCAGCGGCCUCUACUCCACCUUCACUUACAUGAACCCCACGCAGCGCCCCAUGUACACCCCCAUUGCAGACACUUCUGGGGUCCCCUCCAUCCCCCAGACCCACAGCCCGCAGCACUGGGAACAGCCCGUCUACACACAGCUCACCAGACCCUAAAGCCAGGUUAAAAAAAAAAAAAAAAAUACAGCAAAAAAAAAAAAAACAAAACAAACAAACAAACAAAAAAAACCACAAAAAAAAACACAAAAAAAAGUACAAAACAAAAAAAACACAACGCAUUGAAAAAAAUAAUAAUAAAAAAAAAAAAGCACGAAAGAAGCAACAACAACAGAGACUUUUGCCUUCUUUGAAAUUAAAAUAAUAAUUACAAUGAAAAAGACACUAAACUUAAAGCUGGCGGGGGAGGAGAGAGCACCUCGAGCCUUCUGCACUACAGCAUCCUCCAGGAAGUGGCCAGACCGCUCCGAGAACCAGCAAAACUCGGUACAGACUUUCCAAGGACUGGACUUUAACUCUGUUUCCAGGGCACAGUGUGGAGAUGAGAUUCCUAACCAACCAGCUCAGCUGUCUGUUCUCUGGACUUUUGUAAUGAUUUUUUUUUUUUUUUUAGCAGUAAUUAAAAAAAAAUGAAAAAAAAAAUGGGGGGAAAAAAAAAAAGAGAAAACUCAGAGUCCUCUGUGAGGAAUAUUCUCUAUUUUAAAUAUUUUUUAGUAUGUACUGUGUAUGAUUCGUUACCAAUUUGAGGGGAUUUAUACAUAUUUUUUAGAGAUUUUUUUAAAUGCUCUUAUUUUUCCAACAGCUAAAAAAAUGACACUUAGUGGGGCAGUCCUAGGUUUUCUUGCAGUCAGAGGUAUUUUUGUAUAGAUAAGUGUCUUUUUUUUUCUCUAAAAAUAAAAAUAAAAAAGCAAAACGGCGUGCUUUUAACUGGGAACAAAGCUCUGUUAAGCGGCCAGCGUCAGGCUUAGCGAUGACCAGCCCUGCAGCGCGCGAGACGCGAGCUGAGAGCGCGUGGGGACGAGCAUGGGAGAGGCUUUAUUUUUCUAACUAAUAGCAAAACCAGCCAGGAGGAGAUUUUAACUUUAUUUUUGAAUAACCUUGAGCCUUAAGAAAGAAAAACAAAAA